CCCCUCCGCGCCGCCGCCAUUGCUCGGCCGACGCGCGUCCCGACCGCGCGCCUCUCUCUCGCGACUCAACGACGCGCCGCGCGCUCGCGGCUCCGACGCUAUGUUUGACGUUUUCGGCUCCGUCAAGGGCCUUCUCAAGCUCGACUCGGUCUGCAUCGACAACAAUGUGUUCCGCCUCCACUACAAAGCCACCGUCAUCAUACUCAUCGCCUUCUCUUUGUUGGUCACCUCCCGGCAGUACAUCGGCGACCCGAUAGAUUGCAUCGUCGACGAAAUACCCCUCUCUGUUAUGGACACGUACUGUUGGAUCUACUCGACGUUCACGAUCCCGAACCGGCUCACGGGCACCGUCGGGCACGACAUCGCGUAUCCGGGCAUCGCGUCGCAUGUCGACGGCAAGGACGAAGUUAAAUACCACAAGUAUUACCAGUGGGUGUGUUUUGUGCUGUUUUUCCAAGCUAUCUUGUUCUAUGUGCCCCGUUAUCUGUGGAAGACAUGGGAGGGCGGACGCAUAAAGAUGCUCGUGCUCGACCUCAACUGCCCUAUCGUGGAGGAGGAGAGCAAAUGCGACCGCAAGAAGCUUCUAGUCGACUACUUCCACGCGAACCUGCACACGCAAAACUUCUACGCGUUCCGCUUCUUCAUAUGCGAAGUGUUAAACUUUAUCAACGUCGUGGGGCAGAUCUACUUCAUGGAUUUCUUCCUGGACGGCGAGUUCACGACGUACGGCCGCGAGGUGGUGAGUUUCACCGAGAUGGAGCCGGAGGAGCGACGGGACCCGAUGGCGCGCGUGUUCCCGAAGAUGACCAAGUGCACGUUCCACAAGUACGGUCCCUCGGGCACCGUGCAGAAGUUCGACGGGCUGUGCGUGCUGCCGCUGAACAUCGUCAACGAGAAGAUCUACGUGUUCCUGUGGUUCUGGUUCAUCAUCCUGUCGAUCCUGAGCGGCAUCUCGCUGAUCUACCGCGCCGUGGUGGUGGCGGGCCCGAAGGUGCGGCUGUACCUGCUGCGCGCUCGCAGCCGCCUCGCGCCGCAGGAGCAGGUAGAAUCCGUGUCCCGUAAGCUCCAGAUUGGGGAUUGGUUCGUCCUUUACCAGCUCGGAAAGAACAUCGACCCUCUAAUUUACAAAGAACUGAUGGUGGAGUUGUCGGAGAAGUUCGAUGAAGCGAAAGAUUCGGUUGUCGCGUAAGCGUUGUUGCGUCUUUAAGAUGCAUUCUGUCGAAUGUGUUUUAAAGAUGGCCGGGCGCUGGCAACGUCGCGUUCCCACAUUCCAUUAGUGCCCGGGCAUGCUCCCCAGACUGCUUUGUUCUUUCCAAGCUAUACAAGUUCCGAGUGAGGCGUGCCAGCGUAUAUCGUAGUAUCUCUGAGGCAGGUCGCGGUCAGGGGCCGUGGCAGCGUUGCGAAUGGGUUCUUGACAUGUCUGGCAAAAUGGAAGCCUCGGCGCCUGAUCUCGUGCCUUUUAGUGUGACUAUGGGAUGUCUCAUUGUGAUAUUGUAAUUAAUAUAAAUCUAAAUUAAGUGUUUAUCGUGGACGAAUGAACUGAACAGCUUAUCCCUAAGUUUUAAGAUAGAUAACUUCGUUAUGCUCGAUAUGAUUGUAAAAAGCAAUAAUUGACUAUUAUAAGUAGGAAACUAGGGUUUCCAUCGACAAUAGAUUGUACUUUUUAUCUUGUCUACACUUUUUUUAUUACGCCAGAACGGCGAUACGGUUCAUAUUUUCUGAAUAUAUUUACUGCCACAUAUAA